AUGAAGUUCACCAUCACUUUCGCCGUGGCAGCUCUGUUGAGUACUGCCGCUGCUCAAGGUCUAAGCGAUCUACCCGACUGCUCGAAAUCCUGUGCUACAGGUUCAAUUCCCCAGAGCUGCGGCAUUGACUUCAAGUGCAUCUGCGAGGCCAAGUCCUUCCUGGACGAUGUCGCCUGCUGCAUUGCUGAUAAAUGCUCUAAGGCAGACCAGGAUACAACCAUCAAGGUCGCCAAGUCAAUCUGUGCCCGGGGUGGUGUGACCGAUCUGCCCACCGAAGUUGUCUGCUCGAGCAGCAAGUCGAGUUCCAGCUCUGAAACCAAGUCUGGCACUGAGACCGCCGGUGCGACUAAGACCUCGGAUUCGACUACUGUGACAGGUACCCAGGCUUCUACCACAGCUUCGGACAGUGCCUCGUCCGCCUCUGCUGCGGCGACUAGCUCUGGUGUCGCUCCUCCUACCCACAAGGAUUCUUCGCUCGUGGCCGCUGCUGGUGCUGCGGCGGCGUUCGCCAUUCUGAUUUAG